GAAGAAGAAGGCGGGAUGUAAUUUGUUUACAAAUCUUAUCACGUUACUUGAAUGUUGCUCAUCGCUUUAAGACAACUCGUUUAUUGGAAAACAUGGGUUCUUUGUCAUCUCUGACCAGUUAAAUGACUUGGAAGCUUUAAGAAAUGUAUUUACAGGGAGUUUAUUAAGUAUUGGACAAGCUUGAAGAUUGAUGAGUCACUAGGAAAGAUGCCAUCAUUUAAGCUUGCAUCAGCGGGAGAUGAUGUUAAGCUAUGGGAUUGUCAUACUUUUGAUCGUCUCAAACAGUACAACCCACACGACCAAAAUGUUUCUGCACUGAGUUGGAGUAAUGAUGCCUCUUGGUUAGCUAGUGCUUCUGCCCUUGACAACAAAAUAGCUCUGUCUUGUGUAAAGAAUGGGAGUGUUGCCACAAUCAGUUUGGAUUGUGAGGAAGGUCAGACGUGCGUUGAGUACGAUUCAAGUGCUCGACACUUGAUAUCUGGAGGUAUAAGUGGUACUGUUAAGAUCUGGGAUGUUAAGAUGCGUAAAGCAAAGAAAACAUUCAAGGAUCAUAAAAGCACUCUGACAAGUGCUUGUUUCAACCACAAUGACACGUGCAUUGCCUCAGGGUCUGAAACAGGGGAGAUAAUCAUAAACAAUGUGGUGUCAGGUUUUGGCAGCAGUCCACUUGUUGCCCCCAAAACUCAGGCUGUGUGUCAGCUUCAGUUCAAGAAGUCUCUGCUUGGUGCAGUCUAUGACAGCGGAUCUGUGUGUUUAUGGGACACCAACACACGCCGUCUCAUUCACAUGUUCACUAACGUUCAUCGAGCUCCGGCAACAGGAAUAACGUUUUCACCUCUCAAUGAAAUGUUGAUGAUGACAGUUGGUCUCGAUAAACGACUUGUCUUUUAUGAUGUUGUCAGCAAAGAGACGUUGAAGGUGAUAGAGAUAGAUAGUCCACUUACAGCGAUUGAUCUUAUGCACGACGGCUUUACUUUAGCAGUGGGGUCGACCCGGGGAAAACUCACUGUCUAUGACUUGCGGCAGAGCUCGUCACCCAUCACAUCAUUUACUGCUCAUAAGUCAUCUAUCCAGUCACUGAAGUUUCAGCCUGGGAAUAAAUCUAACCAGUCGGAUCUAUCCAAUGAGAAAAUGAACAAACUGAACAGACGACAUUUACCACCAGCUCCCAGAGAUUCGGCUCAAGUUAACCCGGUUACAUUCAUAAAUGAUUCUUCGGAACCUCAAGCCAUUAAUGUGGAGGAGCAUCUGAGCACUUCAGCAGGUGUUGAAGAUAUAUUUUCUCCAGUUCGAGAAGGUCACAACCAUUCUUCCAAUAUGGAGAUACGUAGCUCAGUGGGAAAUCACAGCAGUGUUCAGAACCACUCUAAAAGCAGCUUUGGAUGCAACAGUAGUCUGCAGAAUCUCUCACAAGGUGUCUUUUCUCCAAUUGGAGGAAAUUCGUCAUUGUCACAAAAACAAAAGAUGGAGCAAAUGUCUAGUCAACUAAUACAUGAUAGCAAUGACUCUUCCUAUACAGUCCAUCAACAGAGAAAUGUUCAGGCCAUGGGUGACCGUUCCUCGACAUAUGAUUCACACCAGCAUAUACCCAAUGGGUCUGUACAGCAACCUGAACAGCCAUAUGAGGACAGUCUUCCUACAAGUGUAUUAGAUAACUUUAAAGAACACUCCAGACAGAUCUCUCCAACAAACAUGGAUGUUCCGCAUACAAGUGUUCCAGUAACACAAGUGAUGCAUGGAAACCAUAGCCAUGUGGACAGUAUGGACGCAAACUCGGUUGAUGACGAUGACCGACGUGGUCAUCAUUCUGAGGACAGAGUCGUGCCGACCCCGAGCAGGGGAUCGUCAGCUAACCACCGCCCACCUCGCAGUGCCAGGACUAGUCGGUCCAUUGCUUCCCCUGUUGGCGACGGGGUCACAGAUUCACCCAUGACUCAUGUGCGAGAGAUGGUCAAAGAUGCAAUACGGACGUGUAAUGAACACAUGCAGGAGGAGCUUAAGGCAAUGUGGAGGAAGGCAAACGAUCAGCGUUCUUCUAUAAGUAGGAGAGAUGGUAGCAAUUCACAGAUAGAAUCCAGUGUGUUCCAGACAGAAUUCCUUCGGGGUAUUGUUCAAGAGGAACUGGAAGGAUUCCGUGCAGAGAGUCAUCGGGAUUUACAAGCUCUUCAUGUGGAAAUGUUGAGACAAUUCCAGAUUCAACAAGCUGAAAUAAGCUCAUUACUACAGCAAUAUUCUGUGAACCGAGAACUUGUUGCAGAAGUUGAACGAUUACGAGAGGAAAAUGCAAGACUUAAAAAAUAUUUUUGACAUGUUUGUUUCCCAAUUUUUAAAAUCUUUAUAAUCACCUUGGAAGUGUCAUAUCUAUCACUUGAAAUAAAUCAAACAAUGUUCGAAUGCAUUUUACCAGCUGUGGUUCAAGUCGGAGAUUAUCACAAGGGAGGCCACUCAUUUAUUUUUCCGAUAUUUUAAAGUGGCACAUUUUUUAUGUUCAUCUCAUCAUUAGCUCCUUGGGUAAUUGUGAAUUUAUAAUUACCCUAGGUGUCUUGAAUGCGGGUAAUUUUAACAUGCUCCUAUACCACGAAGUUUUCGAGCAUAUAGAAUGCCUGUUUACCAAAGAUCUUGUAUUAAAACUGUUACACUUUUACAUGCAGAUUAAUGCACACACUCAAAAAAAAAUUUGCGUCAUGAUUCAUUGUUUCAAAAUGUUUCUGCUAUGUUGAAGGAUUGCAUUUAUUAAUUUUAUUUCCAGACAUAUUAUUCACUUACGGUUCAAGUAUGUUGCCCUGUGCACCUCGGCUCCCUGGGAUCUGUUCAGGAUGGGUUAAUCAGGGCUAGCUCUGGCACUCGCCAAAUUCGACAGUUGCGAAUUUCAAAAACAAUUGGCAAAUUUUGUUUUGAUUUGGCGAAAUACUUUUAUAAAAUAAUUGAUAUUUUGUUAGAAAAUAUCUGGGUUUGUGCAAUUUUAGAAGUUCAGUAAAUAAUUUGGCGAAAUAUUUUUAUAAAAUAAUUGAUAUUUUGUUAGAAAAUAUCUGGGUUUGUGCAAUUUUAGAAGUUCAGUAAAUAAUUUGGCGAAAUACUUUUAUAAAAUAAUUGAUAUUUUGUUAGAAAAUAUCUGGGUUUGUGCAAUUUUAAAAGUUCAGUAAAUAAUUUGGCGAAAUACUUUUAUAAAAUAAUUGAUAUUUUGUUAGAAAAUAUCUGGGUUUGUGCAGUUUUAGAAGUUCAGUAAAUAAUUUGGCGAAAUUUUCUGCUGACCCAGAGCUAACCCUUGUUAAUGAUUAGACAGAAGUGAGAAAGAAGUCGGUGUAGUAAUCUUACAUCGUCCCAUUGUGCCAUUAUAACUCCCUCUGCAGGUGCUACUAAAGGGAUGUGAACCCAGUACAUAUUAGCAUUAAGUCACGUCGUUAAUGUUUAAUUGCUUUAUCUCAUUAGGUGCUAUUUUAGAAUCUUUAUUUCAUAGUUUAGGGGCCAGUUGUUUAUGAACAUGGUCAGCUUAACCAGCAGACCUCACCAUUUAAGGGGAGCUGUCACUCUGGCUCCCCAUCACUUCCCCUUCCCUAAGACUAGUUGAACAAAAGUAAUUUUUGGCUCCCCUUAGUAUGUGAAUUACAAAAAAACAUUACAGUACUACAAAAGGAUUAAAGAUCGUGCUCAAUACGGUAAUAUCUUAAAUGGUUCCCCCGUAAUUUAACUUGGGGAAGAAAUUAAUUUUGUGAAGGCAAGCCCAAUGUUGAUGAUAUAAUAAAAUAAAGCCAGUGCAGUAGGGUGUAUAUUUAUUUUGUUAUCUUAUUGAUCAUAAAUCAUAUGAUCAUUUAUUUACUUUAAUGUCAAAGUGUUUGUGAUGACUUCUUUCACAUGUAUGUUGCAUACCUUUUUUUUUCUUCUUUUUUUGUAGAAUGUGUUUUAAAUUUUAUUGGUGCAUUUAUAGCCUAUGACACAAGUUCUAUUGUGUUCAGACUUGUUAAAAAAUGUGUUUUAUUAAUGAAUAUCAAAUUGGCACAAUGUAAAAAAUAUUUGUAUAAAAGUUGUAUAUAUGAUGUACAAAAAGGACCAUCAAAUCUCAAAAUCUAUAUGAAGUUAAAUAAAAAGGAAAUAUCUGUGAUAUUGAGUAUUUGUUCACAUUGCAAAUGGGUUUUAAGAGACACAGGAUAGUUUUAGCAUAUGAAACAAAAACAAUUAUCUUGUGUAUGAUGAUGAAUUUUUUUAAAAAGGAAGCCCCUUUUUCAUAAAGGUACAAACAAUAUGCUUGGGUGAGGGAUUGCUGUUGGUGUUCACUUUUAAAAUGAAAAACAAAAAUGUUGAUAAAAAUAGCUGUUACAAAAUUAAUUAAAAAGAACUCUGUAUACUUUUUCAUUUGUUGACAAUUGUGGGUCAUAAAUUACAUUUCUUAACAGCACACAAGACAACAUCUACCACAACCUUUGAUAUACCAGUUGUGGCACACAUGCAGCUGAUACUGCUGCUUUUUUUUGUUGCUGCUUUUUUUAAAGUUUAUUCCAUGAAAAAUAAUUGCAACAUGUACAUUUGCUUUAUAUGCACAUGGCUUGAGUAUUUAAUAAGUAAUAUUUAUGUAAUUACAAUGUGGCAACAAAACAUUCAUGGAUGAUACACAUUUUAGUCAGAAGUAAAUAGACAGUUAUGACAGAAAAAAGAAGAAAAAGUACUUUUAGGUGGUUACCCAUUUCAGUUUUAAUCAAGUUUAGUAUUGAGAGUCCAUGUUUCAACAUAAUAAAUUGAUAACAACUGUCAGUUGCUGGUAUAUUUUCAGAAUAGUUUUGACAAAAUCAAAAGGCAAGAAUAUAUUGGUUACUUUUGCAAUGACAAGAGUGUUAACCUUUGUGGUGAAUUCCAUUUCUCGCCAUUUCCAAGUCCUAAACCAAGUGGAUAUUCCUCUAUACUUUUUCAGUUAAUUUUAAGAGAAAUUAUUUUUUAACAGGUUUUGGUUUAAGGUCUGCUUUCCAUCAGUGCAGUUCCAUGCAUCAUUUAUUGUGCGUUUUUAUGCAAGAUGAAUUGUGCUUUUCCAUAUUUGUGUUUUCACAAGCAGAUUAUUGUACAAAAUGCGAAUUGCACAUAUGGCAACCGAUAAACCUUUUUCAACAUGCUAAAUUAAGGUUAAAUUUUGUUUUGUUUAACGACACCACUAAAGCACAAUAGAUUUAUUAAUUAUAGGCUAUUGGAUGUCAAAACAUUUUGUAAUUUUGACAUAUAGUAAUUUUUCCAUUAGCAAAGGAUCUUUUAUAUGCAUCAUCCCAGACAGGAUAGCACAUACCAAAGUCUUUAAUAUACCAAUUGUGAUACACUGGCUAGAAUGAGAAAUAGCCAGCCCAAUGGGCCCACAAUAAAGUGCUAAAUGGCCACAUACAGUAGAAUCUCAUUGGGUCGAACUUGGGAGGGUCGAAUACACUGGAAUACUUGAGCCAAAAAUGAAGACCUCGAGUUCCACUUAAACGAUGUUAACCGAAUGGUUAGGUCGAACUACCUGAUGGGUUGAACACUUUCUCGAGCACUGACGAGGUUCGAGCUAACAGGAUUAAACUAUUUGGAAAAAAUACUGUGUAUAUGCAGUGUCGAUAAACUUGCAUGCAAAAUCAUGUUAACAGAAAGUGAGCCUAACUACUACAUAGAGUUUAAUCACUAACCUUUCUGUAUGAACCCGUGACCCUUUGUUGAAGUCAUUGUACAAUGUGAAAAACAGUAGGUGUUCUUCAUUUCAAAUAUACCGGCCUCGGUGGCGGCGUUGUAGGCCAUCGGUUUACAGGCUGGUAGGUACUGGGUUCGGAUCCCAGUCGAGGCAUGUGAGUUUUAAUCCAUAUACUGACUCCAAACCCUGGGUGAGUG